UGCUUCAUUCCUACAUCAUCACCUACACUAAAGUACAAGGUAUUCCAGGGGUUGAGUUUACUGCUGUAACAGAAGUGGAUGAUCAGGAGGUCUGUUACUAUGACUGUAACAUUCAGAAGCUGAUUCCCAAGCAAGAGUGGAUGAAGAAAACUGAAUCUGAAGACUUUGUGAAAGAAGUUGCUCUAAGAAAUAACCAAACGUGCACACUCUUCACAAAGUAUACUGACUAUGUCAAGAAUCUUUUCAGCCAAACUGGAGGUGCAUACAUUUACCAGAGGAGAUAUGGCUGUACCUGGGAUAGUGAAAGCAAACAUUCUAAUAAGUUUGAUGCAUUUGGAUAUAAUGGAGAGGACAUCAUUACUGUGGAAGAGAAUAAAUACAUACUUUCAAAGCAAGCAAGGGACAAGUGGAAGGAAGACAUUGCAGAGGGCUUUCUAGAAAGAGACGGAAAGGAUUGUGUUUCAUGGCUGAACGAUUUCUUGGCCUUUGGAAAAAGCCAUGUUGAGAGAAUAGUUCCACCUAAAGUAUUUCUGCUCCGGAAAGACCCCUCCUCUCCAGUGGUGUGUCAAGCCACAGGUUUCUACCCAGCAAAUCUGACAAUUACCUGGACAAGAAAUGGACGUGCUUACAAUAAUACCGUGGACCCUGGAGAAUUCCAGCUAAAUGAAGACGGGACCUUCCAAAUGAGCAGCACCUUAAGAGUGACUCCAGAAGAGUGGAAAUGGUACCAGUAUGACUGUGAGGUGAACACACCUUACGGCAGUUGGAAACAUUUGGAGAAAGCUGAUCUCAAAUGUAAUACUGAUUCUGCCACACUCAACUGGCGUGAAUGGGUCCCUUAUGGCUGUGGACUGCUUGCUGUGAUUGUUGUGCUGUGUGCAUUGGCAUAUUGCUGCUAUGGUAAAUGCAGGAAGUCCAGCAAAGGUCCAUUUCCCCAACAGCACAAGCCCCUGCUAAAAGUGUAACACUAAUGGAUAAACUCUUUGGGAAUCUACGAACAUUUUAACAUUUUUGUUUGUACUCAUUAUGUUUAUGGGUAAAAGUUACACUGAGAUAUCAACUUAUUGGCA